UUUGAAUCUGAAAUUAAGAAAAUCAAAAUAGAUAAACAUAACAUAAUAAGGUGAACAUGGAAAGGUGAAGUGAUUUCAAUCGACGGACGAGUGAAAAUACGUACGCAGAUGGCGACGAAGACGACGAGGAGGAGGUGCUGCAGGGAGUUACUACGAUCGUUCAUUUUGGUCAGAGCAAAGGCGUCGCGUCGCGCGUGACGAAGGGACAGAGAGGAAGCGGCGGAAUCCGGCGUUGUUGAAUUUGCGGCUAUGGUAACAAUGCGUGUACGUAUGGCAAGGGCUUGUUGGGCGCGUUUGUUUUGCCGGGAUCCGAUGAGAGUGAGAGCAACAGCUGCUGCUGCGAAUAGUGCGCGCGAGUAAGAGAGAGAGAGAGGGAGUGCGUGUAUGCUAGAGUUGGAACGACGAAAAGGGGAAUGGAAUGGAAUGGUAGAGGGGGCGAGAGGGGAUUUAGAAGAGAGAGCGUUACCAACCAACCAACAUCGAGGCAGGUAAGCAGGCAGACAGACAGACGGACGGACACCACUGAAGCUUUUUAAAGUCUUGCUGCGACGGCGGCGGUGAGGCAAAUAUCCAAUACGAACGAACGAAUAAUAGAUACAUACGAGGGACACAUACAUAUAGACGUACAUAUACAUCUAACUGAAGGAAACGAAAAGAAAAAAACAAAGGUGGAAACACCGAGCCCAGGUUCUUCUUUCUUCUCUGCUGCUGCUGCUGCUGCCAGUGUUCAAGUUGGAUCAAGUGUACGAACGGCGAACGGACCUCGACCGAACUAACGAAGAAGGAACGCGAGCGAAUAUAGCAAACACCAGAACUGAACAGAACAGAGAGUAGAGUGGAGUAGAGUAGUGACUGGUGUGUGUGUGUGUGUGUGCGUGGUAUAUAAUAUCAUAUAAAUGGCCGUUGUUGUUGUGUGAAGGCGGCUCCUCGUUCUGCUGCGCGACCUAAACGCGUGUUCCUCCCUGUAUAUACACACACAGAUAUACUACAUAUUAUGCCCAGGGUGCACCGUCCCGCAAAGUGAUGGUAUCUAGUUCAAACGGAGAAAAGAAAGACGACGACGCCGCCGAUGCCGAUGGAGCAACAACAGCAACGACUGCUACUACAAUUCAGCUGAAUAAAAGCCCUGUGACGCUGGUGCCAGGCACGAAACCCCUCAAGAACUACAGGUUCUAUUUGGACGUCAAAAGCCACAUAACCUCAAGCAAGCUCGAGAGCAAAAUCAAGGAACUAGGUGGGGUUUUGGAGCUUUUUCUUGUGAAGGAGGUGACCCACGUAGUGACCGAUAAGGAGGUAUGGGAGAACGCCAGUAAGGGGGGCGGGUCGAUCCCGAAGACCCCCCAAACCCCGAGCAGCCACCAGUCCUGUUCCUAUAGCGACCAUGGAACGCCCGAACACUCGAACGCACCCAACAGAGGAGGGCGACCUAAAACACGUGCAGAUGCAAUGCUCGAGAGGGCACGUAAAACAACCCCAGUCACCGUUGUCGCAAAGGACCCCCUGGUGCAAGCGAAACAGUGGGGCGUGAAGGUGUGCUCCGCGGAGAUCGUUCUCCAGUGGCUGGAGAAGGUGUCGGAGGCGUUGCGAAAACGUAUCAGCAGUAGCUAUCACCUGCAACACAACAGGAGGUACAAGGUGGUCGAGCUGAAGGCGCCCUACGUCAAGUACGAGGCGUUCGACAGGAAGCACAGGCCCGUAUUCAAAGAGUUGCGCAACUGGCCGACGUUCAAUUUCGCCGCUCAUCCCGGCAGCAAGGGCCUCGUCCACCAAAUUUACUCUGCCGACGAGCAGAAUAAUAUGACACGCAGACCACGACUGGCGCCACCGCAAGAACUGUUGUUUACGAGAGGAAUAGGAGCAGCUGAAGCGGCGGCCGCAAUCGCAAGCAAAGACGAAGCUGCAGCAACAGCAGAGGAGGAGGAGGAGGAGGCCGCAUCAUUGGCGACUGCAGCGACGAUCGCAUCGCUGCACAAGAGAACACACAGAAAUUCGGUGGUCACAGAGCAACAGCAUCAUCUGCAGCUGCAGCAUCAGCAUCAGCAGCGACAGGAACUGCAAUUUCCGCUGCAACCGCAAUCGCCGCUCUCCGGAUUCUGCGAGGUGUGUCGCAUCGAUUACAAGGAUAUAGAGGUGCACAUAUUCGACAGUAAACACAUCGCAUUCGUCAAGGACGAGAGUAAUUUUGUGGAGCUGGACAAGCUGAUAAAGGAUAGCGCAAGUUUGGAGUCUUUCCUCAAGUCGAACGGAAUCGAUGAGAUAGAAAGCUCUCCACCGUCUCCGAACGCACUACCGAAUACGAUUACAAUUACGCCGCAGACGACGAGCGAACUACCACCGAAGAUGCCCAGGACGAGGACGAGUUCGCUGUGCGACAGAGAAAAAAGCAAUUGCCCGCUCGCGCCGAUCGUUAACGAGCGUCUGCUGAGGACGACGAGACGUGCAGCACUCGCAAACAACCUCAUCGCGAACACCGCCGACGAAGAACCGCCCGUUAAGCCCGAGGGAGCCAAGGAGGUGCGCGAACUACGCUCAGCACACAAGAACACGACCCCGAAGACGACCACCGCUGUCUCACAGAAUUCCGAAACUUGGGAUUCUGGAAGACCGAAGCGUUCCUGCAAUCUGAAACAGAAACGAUUACAUUCAUCCGAUGAUGAUGAUGAUGACGACGACGACGAUGAUAAGGAAGAGGAGGAAAUGGAUGUCCGAGUGCGACGGCCAAAAGUGCGCCAAGAAGAUGACGAUGAGGUCAAUCGUCAGCGACAAUCGCGAAUCGCGUUCGAACCGAGAACGUUCUACAAGGUCAAUCAGGCCACGACCAGCGGUCAAAGCACUUCGAAAGUGGCAUUCAAAGAACAGCAGGAAGAAGCGAAUGCAAAGAAUAAAUCUGCAAUAAUCGUGAAAUUCCGCCGGAUGCGAACUUCGGAGCUGAAACAGCUCAACAACGAAGCGGAGAACUUUCUAUUUCCGAAGCGAGAAGACGAGUCCGAUGAUGAUGAUGAUGAAGGAAGACACGAUGAUGAUGACGACAUCGACGCCGUGUGUCCGGACACGACUGCGAGCACCGCACGCGGCGAAACAUCGAUGGCGAUAAUCAGUGACGUCGAAGAGGAGGAGGAACAGUUUCAUGAGCGACGGCGACGUCGACGGGAGCAGAUUGUUAUGAAUAUGGAUGAGGAUGAGCAGGAGGUAACAUCAUCUCCGGACAACAGUUCCUCUUCCCCUUCGACAAAGAAACGCAAGAAACGGAUGACUCACGCUGAAGCCUUCAUCCAGGAUAACAAAAAGUAUUACAAAUUUGAAACCCCGGGCUCGAGGUUGCGACACCAGGGAACGUUCAUGCCUACAGCGAAGGCGGUGACAAGAGGGAACGGGGCGAAACUGGCGGCAGAUGGCAGGAGGGCGGCGGCCACCAUUACCAAAGAGCAGGAGGAGAGUAAGACGCGCACGACCAUUGCAAAGAAAGAUAAUGCCGCAGCGAGGAGGACGAGGAGGAGACGAAGCAGCAGUAGCUGUGUUGGAGUAGGAGGAGGAGCAGACGACGAUGGCGACAGCGGUCGAUUGAAUUUGAAGGAGCUGCAGUUCGCGUUCGAACGGGUGCCCAAGAGCGAACCUUGGUAUCAGACGUUCUCGCGGCAGGACCAAGGCGAAGAGUAUUACACGUGCUUCAGCGAUUCGGGUUACUGGAAACCAUUUCUGCUGCCGUACGAGAUGGGACCCAUUCCGCCGCUCGAUCCCAAGGUUUGCAUCUCCAGUUACAGGCAACUGAAGAAACACAUCCUCGAGGAGGUCGCGUCGAAUUCGGCCGGCGGUUGCAGCACGCCCGACUCCUGUUCGAACGAGGAGGAAACGACAGCGACGACGCUCGCGCAUAGCGAGGACAGCAACUCGCUGGACGAUUGCUGCGCGGCACCCACGAAGCGCGGCCGUAGACGAAGAGGAUGCGGAGGUGUUGGCGGCGGCGUCGUCUCCGGCAGGAAUCCGCGAAAAUCGCCAAGACAGCACGCGUCGACACUCGCCAUCCUCAGCAGUCUCAUGCCUCAUCGGAAAAAACGUGAACGUGAACGCGAGCGCAGCAGUCGUAAUCUGCUGCAGGUCAUCCCCGAGAGCAAACCGGAGGAGAUGGAGGCGACGGUGGACGGCGAGCGCAAGAAAGUUGGAGGUGAUAAUAUCGACGACAUCUUGAGCGGGGCGAUGGACGCGCUCGGCCACUUUGAUCACAUCGAUAUCCAGAGCGAAGAGGAGGUGAGCCUCAGGUUCACGUCGAACGCUAUCGACAGUCUGCAAGAUUACGAAAACUACAAACACUUGGAGAACAACAAGAGCGGGCAUCUGAGGAGGUGUUACAGUCCUGGCAAGAAACCCGGACGUAAAAAGAAGAAAAAUCGAACCGGAUGGCCCAACAAGAACAACCGGAGCAAACAUCGGAAGGAGGUGGUCCAUGAAGACGAUUCGGCACCGACCGAAGAGGAUGAAGACGAGGACGAGGAGGAUGACAAAGAUGAAGAGGAGGAAGUGCAGCAGCAGCCGCAGCCGCCCGUAAAUAAUAGGAAAACAUUAACCGACCAAAGUGUACAUAAGAAAUCUAGUGAAUCGAGUAAAAAAAGUGAGUCGGUUGUUGUCGCGUUGGACGAAGAGGAACGACCGCUGUCCGAUCGCGCGAUCGACCUGGACAGAUGGGACAACGCGGAGAAGGUGCUCACCGCAAAGGUGAGCAACCAUAAGGAACCGCAGCAAGCGACGGUGGUGCGCAUGCAAAAGAUCGUCGACUUGGACGGCGGUGGCGGAAGAGGUGUAGAGGACUUAAAAUCCACGAACAAUAGGCGACUUCGGAGCAGUUCGUCGCCGCAUCGGACGAACAUUAAACGGCAGCGACGAAUGCCCGCCUCACCUCGCUCCCCAAGAGUGUUACGAAAGCCUCGAGGACGAUGGUAUCGCGAAAGAUAAGUGUGGGUGCGCAAGUGUUAGUGUAUUACAACCCGAUAAUGACGAUGAUGGUAUAAAAACUACGUAAAGUAGUAUAUUUUUGUGAUUAAUGAACAAUGCCAAGAUGAACGCAUCCACCGAAGCCGGCUGGCCCCCAUCCUCCCCCCCCAAACAAAAUGAGAGCGCAACCCCUAUGAAUUUGGCCCAAAGAUUGGAACCCCGCUGCUAACCGCCUCUCGGCCCCCCUCCCAAAACAAACAGAAAGCAACCAAUUAUUUUGUAUCAUAUUACUUGAGAAGAAGAUUGUAUUAUUUAUUAUUAUUAGUAGUUGUUCAACGACCGCCCGCCCCCCGCAGACGCGCAUUAUUAUUGUCAUGUUUUCUGUUAUGGUUAUGCUAUUCAAAAACCAUAAUGCAUAAUUACUAAUGACCGCCCACCCAUUUUUUUAUUUCGCCACGCCCCUAUCUCCCUGCCCCCGCCCCCACUCAUAUAAAACGAUAACAAAUGUCAUACGUGUUCUUUUUUUUUAUACAAAUACAAAUAUUUUCUAUUA